AGGAUUUUUUUGGGCUUGCAGGAGCGGUGUGGAGCCAGGAACGCACGAACCGUCGGCAAAGCACAGGAACGCCACACUUUUCUAGACUUCAUCUUGCCAUGACGAACUACAAUGCGUGGGAUCGCAAGGCGGAGGCUCUCUGCCGGGAAGCCGAGGAGGAGGAGCAAAAGGCAACCGCGGAGAGCAACGAGGCUCUUGGCCUCGGCGGACUGCCGGAAGGACCCCCCACCGCCAAGGCGGCCAAGGAGCUGGAGGAGCUUGGGGACCACUCCAAGCAGCGGAAUGACUUCAUCGCCUGGAGUCAGGAGCGUGAGCUGGAGCUCACCCACAGCCAGCCUGAGGCUCCUGUGGAGCUCACCGGCAAGGGCAAGGCAAUGCGCAUCAAGGGCUCCAAAGGAGCUAGCUACGUAGUGCCCGAAUCCGGCGUGUUGAAGCUGAUGCUGGACUCCUGCAGUGACGUGCAAGUACACAUCCAGGCUCCGCUGCUCACCUCCACCGUAGAGCUGUACAAGUGCGAGCGGGUGGAGGUGCGUUUGGACCACCCACUGGGCACGCUGCAAGUGGACGAGUGCCGGGAGUGCGUGGCGCGCUUCGCUGAGCGGGACCACCUGGGCAAAGUCUACCAUCAGAACUCGCCAGGCUUUGCCCUCGCCUGGGGCAUGGGGGGCGGCGAGCCACAGACGGUGGGCAUGGAGGGCGCCUUUCAGCUCCUGACCUGCAUUUCAGACAAGUCCUUGACGACCGAGCCUGUCAGGAGAGGUGAAGGCGAGUUCCCGCUGGAUGUCCGGAGGGCGCAGCGGGAACAGCCGGAGCCCGAGGCCAUGCCGGCGGCAGAGGAGCGGCUUCAAGCUGCGGAGAAGCACCGCCUCGCGGGCAACGAGAUGUUCCGCGCCAGCGACUUUGCGCAGGCGGCGGCGCUCUACAGCCUAGCGCUGGAGCUGGCGCCGGACACGGGCAGCGUUUGGGCCAACCGAGCACAGUGCUGGUUGAAGCUGGGCGAUCACGACAAGGCUCUCGCCGAUGCCAAGAAGUGCACGGAGGUGGAGCCCAGCAAUCCCAAGGGCUGGUUCCGGCAGGGCAUGAGCUACCACGCCAUGAAGAGCUACGGUGAGGCCAUUGCGGCCCUGCUGGAGGCGGAAAAGCUGGAACCCAGCAACAAGCAGAUCCAGGAGGCCAUCAAGAUGGCGCAGCUCAUGGCCAGGAAGUCCUCGUAAGGACGCGACUGACCAGCGGUCGCUGGCAUGAACAGCGGAAUUGCGGUUCUGCUGUUGGAACCAGUCGACCAUGGGAUGUUGGCAUGUUGUCUUUGUUUUGUGUUUGCCUUACUCGUAGUUCAAUGACGUACUCAGGUUCGUACAGGUAGAGAUUUCACUCGGUUUAGGCUUGAGCAAUUAAGAUUUCACUUAGCCCGAGGGCCUCGGCAGCCAACUGCCUGGAGGUCCGCGAUUUGGGCGGUUUCCAGACCGUGCAUGUACAGUCGGACUACGAAAGCCUGGAUCUGG